CCUUUUCGUCAGGGGCUAAUCGCUAUCUUGUGUUGCCUUCAUUUUCUACCAUUUUCAAUUAUCCCAUCAUAUCAAAUUUGAUUUUCUUUUGUCUUUUUUUGAUAUUUUGGAUUCAUCAUUGUACGUGCGAAAUAGCAAAGAGCUUUGGGUUCAAUAGUCAUGGUUCUCCUUGAACUGUGAAUUUUGUAGAUUUCAGAGUAACAACAUUCUGGUUGCUACUUUCUCCAUGGCUGCUACUCCUUCUUCUACAUACCCUUUCGGAGUUCCUUUCCACUCCCUGGGUAGAAGAGUGGAUUGCUCAACCUCCCUGUUCCCCCUCCACGUCGAACUCUCUACAAUUUCUGUGUCCCCUCGUUCUACUUCGAAGGGAUUAGUUGAUCGAGUAUGUGCACAGCUAGAUAGUGAUGAUUACUACUGGGAGAAAGUUCCAACACCCAUUCUUGAUAAUGUUGAAAACCCUCUUUGCUUGAAGAACUUAUCUAUUAAGGAACUGAAACAACUAGCAGUUGAAAUCCGUUCAGAUUUGUCUUCUAUUAUGUUACGUACACAAAUAUCAGCUAAAGCAAGUAUGGCAGUGGUGGAACUGACAGUUGCAAUACAUUAUGUUUUCAAUGCUCCAGUAGACAGAAUAUUGUGGGAUGUUGGGGAUCAAACAUAUGCACAUAAGAUUCUUACAGGAAGGCGAUCUCUCAUGACAACAGUGAAAAGAAAGAACGGUCUUUCUGGUUUUACUUCCCGAUUUGAGAGUGAAUAUGAUGCAUUUGGUGCAGGUCAUGGAUGCAACAGUAUUUCUGCUGGACUUGGUAUGGCAGUUGCCCGGGAUAUUAAGGGCAGGCAAGAACGUGUAGUUGCAGUUAUCAGCAAUUGGACUACUAUGGCUGGUCAGGCAUAUGAGGCAAUGAGCAAUGCAGGAUACUUAGACUCAAAUAUGGUUGUGAUUUUGAAUGAUAGUCGUCACUCUUUACUUCCAAAAAUUGAGGAGGGCCCAAAGACAUCUGUCAAUGCCCUAUCUAGUACCCUGAGCAAGCUCCAGUCCAGUAAAUCUUUCCGAAGAUUUAGAGAAGCUGCCAAGGGUGUUACUAAACGAAUUGGUAUGCAUGAGUUGGCAGCUAAAGUUGAUGAAUAUGCUCGUGGUAUGAUAGGUCCUCAAGGUUCUACUCUUUUUGAGGAGCUUGGGUUGUACUACAUAGGCCCAGUGGAUGGACACAAUAUUGAGGAUCUAAUAUGUGUUCUGCAAGAAGUUGCUUCCCUGGAUUCAAUGGGACCCGUCUUGGUACAUGUGAUAACUGAUGAAAAUCAGGGAGAUGAAAACAAUCAGAAAAGUCACAUAACAGAUAGGCAACAAGAUGGUGGCAUUUCUUUUGAUCCUUUUAAAUAUGAUUCGUCAGAUAAUGUUGUUCGGCCUCAAACAUAUGGCGAUUGCUUUGUGGAGACUUUGGUUGCAGAAGCAGAGAAAGACAAAGAUAUUGUGGUUGUUCAUGCUGGAAUAGCGAUGGAGUCAUCCCUUGAAUUGUUUCAGGGGAAAUUUCCAGAUAGGAUUUUUGAUGUGGGAAUGGCCGAGCAACAUGCAGUCACCUUUGCUUCUGGUUUGGCAUGUGGUGGAUUGAAGCCAUUUUGCAUUAUACCUUCUUCCUUUCUGCAAAGAGCCUAUGAUCAGGUGAUACACGAUGUUGAUCAACAGAGAAUUCCAGUGCGCUUUGUCAUUACAAGUGCAGGAUUGGUAGGUUCUGAUGGUCCCCUCCAAUGUGGAGCAUUUGAUAUAACCUUUAUGUCAUGCUUACCAAACAUGAUUGUCAUGGCACCAUCUGAUGAGGUUGAACUCACCCACAUGGUAGCUACUGCUACUCGUAUCAACGAUCAACCAGUCUGCUUUCGCUAUCCAAGGGGUGCCCUGGUUGGGAAAGGCUACACUGGAGGAGAUGGAGUCCCCAUCAAGAUUGGGAGAGGAAGAGUUCUUGUUGAGGGUAAAGAUGUUGCUUUCCUAGGGUACGGAUCGAUGGUUCAGAACUGCCUAAAGGCUCAUUCACUCCUUGCAAAACUUGGCAUUGAGGUGACUGUUGCUGAUGCAAGGUUCUGCAAGCCCCUUGACAUCAAACUUCUGAGGCAGCUGUGUAAACAUCACUCUUUUCUAAUCACUGUCGAGGAAGGAUCUAUUGGAGGAUUUGGUUCCCAUGUUGCCGAGUUUAUUGCAGUUAAUGGACUGCUGGAUGGAAGAAUUAAGUGGCGACCAAUUGUCUUACCUGACAGAUAUAUUGAACAUGCAUCACCAAAUGAACAGCUUGACCAAGCGGGGUUGAGUGGACACCAUAUUGCUGCCACUGCACUGAGUUUGCUCGGCCGUACACGGGAAGCUCUGCAGUUUAUGUGUUCCUCCUGACUUGUUAUUUGAUUCUAGCCCUGCCCUUUUUCAAAUUCCAUGAAUUGAAGUUGGAUAACUUCGUUUUGGAAGGGAAACAGGACAGAAAAGAUGUCAAGAAUGCCGUUUUUUUUUUGUAUAGAGUGUAACUGAUGUUAAAUAGUGAAAAGGUAAUUAAUGGCAGUUUUUGUUUUUUGACGUCUAACAGUGUAAAUUGUUGAGAACGUGAAUUUUGGAUGCGGUAGUUUUAGUUUGGAAGUGUAAGAUAAGAAUGUCAUUGUGUUCGAGUGUUGUGAAUGGGCAUUUUGGAUGCAAUAGUUUUAGAUUUGUUCCACAAAA